AUGUCCAAAAUCGCAUUCACAAUCGUUCUCCCGCAUGAUAGCAAAGAAAAUAACCGCACGCCUGGCUUCUACAUCUCGACGAGCAACCUCACGUAUUUGAAUGUCAAGGGCAGUGACUUCAAGGCCGCGCGGUGGGGGAAUGGCAAUACGAGCUCAGGGUGGAAGAGUCGCUUCGAGUACGGUGUCACGGCCUCGAAAGGCGCGACGAAACUUUCUUUGAUUAUGAAUACGUCGGUCAUUCUACCGCCUGUCUCGUGGGCGCUACCGAUUAUGGGAGAGGGUCCGCCGCCCAAGCAGAAGGAUGAGGACGGAAAGAACAAGGGGGCUUCGAAAACAUUGAAAGCGAGUUCUGCAUCGGAACAUCCACCUUAUAGAAGUGGCCCAUCGAGUCGCGGCAGUAGGGAAAACGGCAGUGGAAAGCCUCGAAGGGAUCGAAACCGCGAAAGAGAUCGUGAUGUAGACCGAAAGAGGAACCGCGAGAGAAACCGCCAGAGAGAUCGUGAGAGAGAUAGAGACGAAUACCCGGAAAGGAGGAGGACGAAGGCACCAGGAGAAACGGUUCGGUGGAUUACGGAUCGCGAGGAGUCAGAGCGUCAUCAGCAGAGGCAUUCGAGGGAGCGGAGGAAGAGGUAUCCGAAUACAGAUCCUGAGCUGGUCGAUUUAGGGGAUAUAUGA